AUGGAAGACAAAGAAGUUCUUGAAAGACCAAUGGGUAAUGUUUCAUCUAAGAAUAAAUCUCAUGUCCAAUCAAAUUUCGAGGAUAUAGGAAUUUCAAGUAGCUCUGUGAAAACUUCAUUAGUGGGCACAUCUACUUUUCUCGAUGACUCAAACAAAAUAUCGACUCCUGAGAAGACUUCGGUCAUACCACCUGAGGUUUUGUUAACCAAGUCAUUUAAUGAGGAGGUUCGAACCUCAGGCAUCCCUGCACACGUAUCUCAUACGGAUGCAAAUGUCAACAUGGGUGAAGGAGUCUCGAACAAAGAAAACCCUGUUUCUACUAAUCAAGGUAUUUUCUAA